AUGCUACUACUACUACCUAUUGUACAUGCUGCGCGCGUGCGUGCGUGCGUGCGUUUGCGCGACCAAAAAAAAGAGGCGGUGUCGUCAGGUCAAAGAGCAGUUCAGUGUAGUAUUCAGGAGGUUGGGCGGGUAGGGGAGGAAGGAUGCUGGGUCCACGUUGUAUGUGUUGUUUUGUUUGAAACGUGGAUGUGGGUAUUUGAGAUUCAUGCCCUCUCUCUCUCUCUCUCUCUUUUUCUUUCUCCAAAACCCAUCAGAUUAGAUCCGGUGUUCCGGAUGGUGGUAGCAGCGAUGGGACCAGAGAUCGAAAACCCUGAAAAAUCAUCUUCAAGUAAGGUAUCAAAAGAUGUUAUACAUGGUAUAUCCCAUAAUCCUCCCACAUAUUCCCUGUUGCAGCCAAAAAAAAAAAAUGUUGUCACAUUUUCCUCCCUCCUUCAGUUACGGUGUUAUGAUAAUGACGCGGUAUAA